AAAACCUCCUGCGGUUGAUAAACCAGCAUGUGUUUUUUUCUGUUUUCUUCCUAUCGUUCGAUCAGCUGAUCAGUCAUGGAGGCUUCUGCCUUGAACCUGGCACACGUACGGCAAAGGAGGGCCGAUGCAUAUCUAAGAGAAGGACGUUUCGAGGAAGCAGCAGAGUGUCACGAAGCUGUUGCUAAUCUUCUAACAAAGGCAUUUAUAAAACUUCAAUCCAGCCUUAAUAAAUCUGAACCUUCAAUUGUAAAUAGUCAAAGUUAUAUACCUUUCUCCGGAUCUAUGCAUACAGCUGUAACUUUGGAAUCUCUUGCACUUCAACGAGAUUAUCACAAAAGACAAGCAGCUAUUGUUAGGAUGAAGCAUGCACAAUACGAAGAAUAUAAGAUUGAUUUAGAAAUUCGAAAAAGAAAUUCUAAACAAAUAUCUAAACAAAACGAAAGAGGAAAUUCCGCAGAAUCUACAUCGGAUAAAAAUGAUAGUUCAUUGCGUCAAGCUAUAUUUAAAACUAUCCAAGAACAGGAUAGUCUGAUAAGCUUAAUUUUAGUACCAGAAACAGAAAAUAGUAAUUCAUCGAAAUACCCUAAAGAUACCACCACGGUAAUAGAAGAAUUAAAAACUGUUAAUUCUCAUUUACGUAGCCUUGUUGAAACCUUGGUAGCUCAACUAGAAAUUAAAGAAAAAGAAGUAACACAAUUAAAAGAACGUUUGCGCACUGUAUCUGUAAGUCCUAAUGAUGAAAUCAGGCCAGGAGAUACACAUUCACUAAAUCUACCACCCUUGCCACCAUUAACGCCACUUGAAAUGCCACUUUUUGAUUUUACAGCGUCUUAACUAAUUUUCUUCCUCAUUAAGUAUUAACUGCUCUCUCUCUCCUUCUCUUUUUCUUGAAAAUAAUGUGGUGUUCAUCGUACUUACAAUUUUAUCGUGACAAUAGUAUGAAAAUAGUUCAUAUAAAAAAUUCAUAUAGACUUAAGAAAGAGAUAAUAUAGCAACAAAUGAUUUGCACAAUAACAUCAUCGAUAUCAUCAUCAUCAGAAUAGUGAGACAUAUUUAAAUAUUUAAACAGUUGUAUAUUUAUUAUAUCAUUCUUAUUACUUUUCAUUUAUUUAUUAUAUAAAAGAAGAGUUAUAUUAACUUUGAUUAAGUUUUAUGGUACAAGCUUUUCAUAGUAAGAAAUUCAUUAUGUCACACUAUCUUAUAUCAGUCUUAUAUUUUACUAAUUUUAUUUGAUAACUAACUAUUUAUAUAUAAACGUAUAUAUCACUCGUAGAUUUAUUUACCAUUAUUCCAUUUAAUAAUAAUAUUAAUAUAUAACAUAAUUAACAAGAAAGGUCAUAUCUAUUAAAAAAAGAAAAAAAUUCUUCUAUUUUAUAUGAGAAUCUUAUUUACAAAAACACAUUAAAAUGAAGAAAUGUGUGAACAAAGACAUUUUUAAUAUUAUUAAUAAUAUCGAAAGAAUUGUAUUCUAAUUUAUCAGUAAUUAAUGUUAUUCGCAGGGAAUAAAAUACAUAUCAACUUAGACGAAUGAUUUCUUCCCUAAUACAAGCUAGAACACAUAUAAAUACGAUUACAAAAUGUUCAAUUUUGUCUUCUUCUUAAUGUGAUAGGACAACAAUAAUAAAUAAAAAACAAACUGCCAUGUAGCAAUACUUAUGCGCAGUUUUGUUCGUGCAAUAGAUAAUGCUAUAUUAUUUUAACUAAUGAAAGUGUCUUUAAGGAUGUUGUGUAAUAAUAAUAUCGUAUAAAUAAAUGUUACAUGAACUUGAACAAGUGAAUGAUUAAAACAUUUUUAUG